UCACGAACUCUUUACAUGUAACACAGGAAGUACACGUCUGCUGCUGUUGGAAGCCCAUUGAUUUGUUGUCAAAUUAUUUGUCCUGCGGAUUACACCUAACAAUGAUGUCGCCGGUUAAAUCUCACCCCACCUUCAGAUGAGGACGCUGAUAUUUGUGGGGUGGGUGCUGUUUUACGUGUCAUUUCUUUUGUCAAUACGAAAAAUGUGGACUGGGAAGUAUGUUCGUAGUCCACUUGCUCGUACUCUCUUCACGAACAUGCUGACUGAAAGUGACACAUCUGGAAAUGAAGCCCAAAAAUGGUACCAAUGCUCUCCAGACAUGCUUGAAGAAAAGGUCAGAUCACUGUUUGUGCAGAGCCAUUUGGAUACUGAGACCCAGGCAUUUCUCAACAGGAGUGUAGAGAAAUCCAGUUGGCUUUUUACCCAGCUGUAUCACUCACUGUUCUCCACCAUCUUUAGCCCUGUCAUUUCUCGAACAUCAAUUAAUGGCUUUCUGGGCCGGGGUUCCAUGUUUGUCAUUUCUAAAGAACAGUUUCAACGUCUGCUUCGGAUCAGCCCAGAAUGGAAAGGGGAAAGGAUGUUGGACCUAGGAGCCGGUGAUGGCGGUGUUACAGAAGUGAUGGGUUGUCAUUUUAAAGAAGUGUAUGCAACAGAGGUCUCUACACCGAUGAAAUGGCAGCUUCAAAGAAAACGUUACAGCGUGUUAGGAAUUGAUGAAUGGCACAGAACAGGGUUCAAGUACGAUCUCAUCAGCUGUCUAAACUUGCUGGACCGAUGUGACGAACCACUUAAACUACUAAGCGACAUAAAGAAAUCACUUGUGCCAGGAACAGGGCGGCUCAUCUUAGCGGCUGUUUUGCCCUUUCAGCCAUAUGUGGAGAUAGGUGGGAGUUGGGUGCGACCAAAAGAACAUAUCAAGGUCAUCGGGAAAAUGUGGGAAGAGCAGGUGAUGCACCUGACGACAGAAGUCUUUCAGAAGAACGGAUUUGAUGUAGAGGCGAUCACACGCGUCCCAUACUUGUGUGAAGGAGACAUGUACAGAGAUUACUAUGUGCUGGAUGAUGCCGUGUUUGUGUUGAAGCCUCAGGAUUAAAGUUGUGUGGCCAUGCACAAUCAUUGACUUUGAAAUGGAAUUACUGAAUUAUAGAGAAAUGUUAACAUUUUUAUGAGAUGAUAUAGCUCAAGUUAAAUAGCGUUGCUUUUCUUUAACAUCUCAGGAAAACUAAACCUUGAAAUAAAAAAGUUUUAUCUUAUGUACUGUACUGUAAUUAUACUACACUGUAGCACAGUUUAGAGAGAUAUUUCCAAGAAAGAAUAAGCAAGAAAUUUAACUUAUUAGUUUUGUGAAUAGGGAGGUAUUAAAAACUCUUUUUGAACUUUUUGAGUUCAUAUCGCCCUGAAUUUCUUAUGAAUCAUUGGACCAAUGUAAGAUUUAUCUGUACUGUAUUAACAAUAUUCAAUAAUAUUAAUAAUGUCUGUUGUUCUGUGUACAACACAGUGUUUAAACGUACUGUAACUGUUGCUAAUAUUUACACUAUAUGGGUAUCUGUCAUGCUCUGUUAGUGUACAUAUAUCAGAUUAUAUUGUUGAAGCUAAUUCUCCUAAAAUUGAUUAAAUUAGUACUUUUUACACAAAACUA